AUGGGAUAUAGAGGAACAAAAUCGGCAAUUACUUGUGCUGCAAAAAAUGGUCAUCUUGAUGUAGUAAAAUAUUUACAUGAAUUAGGAUAUAGAGGAAAAGAAUGGACAAUUACUUGUGCUGCAAUAAAUGGUCAUCUUGAAGUAGUAAAGUAUUUACAUUCUAUUGGAUAUAAAGGAGAAGAAUGGACAAUUAAUUAUGCUGCAGAAAAUGGUCAUCUUAAAGUAGUAAAAUAUUUACGUUCAAUAGGAUAUAGAGUAAAAGAAUGGACAAUUACUUGUGCUGCAGAAAAUGGUCACCUUGAAGUAGUUAAAUAUUUACAUUCAUUAGGUUAUAAAGGAAAAGAUGCAGUUUAUUGUGCUGCAAUGAAUGAUCACCUUGAAGUAGUAAAAUAUUUAAUUGAAUUAGGAUAUGAAUGUGAUGAAUGGAUAAUUAAUGAUGCUGAACGUAAAGGAAAAAAUGCUAAACAACUUCUUAAAGUAUUAAUAGAUUUACAUUCUAUUGGAUAUAAAGGUACGGAAAAAGCAAUUUUUCAUGCUAAAUUAGCUGGUUACCUUGAAGCAUUUGAAUAUUUACGUUCAAUAGGAUAUAGAUACAGUUGA